AUGGCACGAUAUUUUGAUGAUGUUAUGAUGCAAAUGACAACAAAAUUAUGGGCAGCACAUUAUAAUCAACAUAAUCCACCGAAAAAAGUUGGUAUUAUUCAAAUGAGUGUAUUAGAAUUUAAAGAUCGUGCUGGUCGACCUUAUUAUCAUUUAGAACGAUUUAUUGAUGGAAAUUAUAUAAAAUAUAAUUCAAAUAGUGGUUUUGUUUGUGAUGAUACUAUACGUCAUACACCACAGGCAUUUAGUCAUUUUACUUUCGAAGCAUCAUGUCAUGAAUUGAUUGUUGUUGAUAUUCAAGGUGUUGGUGAUUUAUAUACUGAUCCACAAAUUCAUACGAGCCUUGGUGUUGAAUAUGGCGAAGGUAAUCUUGGUAUUCGUGGUAUGGCAUUAUUUUUUUCUACACAUGAAUGUAAUCCAAUAUGUAAACGUCUCAAUUUAACAUCAUUUGAUCUAUCACCUGGCGAACGUAAACGUCAUACACAACAACAGUCAUUAAGUUCAUCAAAUGCAUCAAAACUUCCAGCGCAAACAAUAUGUCGCGGUUCGGAAGAACCAUUAAAUAGUUUUUCAAAGGUUUGUUCAUUAUUUCGACGACUUCGUUCACCAUCGUCGAUAUCAGAAGAUGAUUCCGAUGGUUAUGUUUCUGAAACAUCAUCAAUUACAGCUACUACUGAUCGCAUAUAUAAUCAUAGUUUAUCGUUACCACAACCUGAACAAUUGAUGACAAUAUUUAAUGAUGAAAAUUUAUCGUUAUCAAGAUCAUUUAAAGAAACUAAAAUACCAUUAUUAUCAACAACUAGUUUGAAUAGUCCAUCACCUAAUUGUUCAUCACCUUCACAAUCUAAUUUUAACUUUAAAAUUGAAGAUAUUUAUAACGCUCAAAUACCAAAUAGUUAUGGAGAUAGUCAACGUCCAUCAUCAGUUAUGCUUGAAAAAACUGAAAUGAAAAAACUUAAAGAAACAUCUACUUAUGAAAAAUAUGAAAGUAUUCUUGGACAGAUUCAUCUUGAAGUGUGUAAAUGUUAUCAAGUUGGUAGAUUUAGUGAAUUAGGUUCCGAAGAAUUUGAUGAAGAAUCAGCAUUUUUUCAUCUAGAACAAGCAGCUGAAUUGUGUAUUAAAGAAGCGAUAUUUAUAUUAGCAAAAGUUUAUUUAGAUUUACCUCGUGAUCUUUUAUCACAUUAUUGUCCAAUGGAUCAAGUUAAUCAAAUCAGUAAAGGUUUAAAUUUAAUGAUUCGUGCUAGUGAAUUACAUGAAAUAGAAGCAAAUCUUUAUUUAGCACAACUCUUUGAUAAUGGUGUUGAAGAAUCUUUGGAAGCAGAUUGGAAACAAGCAGCUGAAUAUUAUGAAAAAUAUAUUCGUAUACGUGAAAAUGAAUCGAAUAUUAUUGAUGAAGAUAGUGAAACUAAUGAAUCAGAUCAAACUAAUACAAUUCAUAAUGAAAUCCCAUUUCAUGAUCGUCAUGAUACGGUUGCUCGUUUAGCUACUUUAUAUAAAACAGGUGGAUAUAAUUUAUUAUGCAACUAUCGGAAAGCUGGUGAUUUAUUUAAUAAAGCAGCAGAAAUGACAACGGCAGCAAUGAAAGGACGUCUUGCAAAUAAAUAUUACAUGUCAGCUGAAGAAGCUUAUGGAUUAGAACCAGAUAAUGAAAGUGAAGACAGUUAA